UUCAGUUUUGUUUUACUGAUUUUGCUUCGUUUAUCGGUGGUUAAAGUUAUCUAAUAAAACUCUUACAAACCCUCACAGACUUUGACAGGCGGCGAGCCCCUCCCAUGGCGACGGCUAUCAAGACAUUUCGGGGCGGCCUCCCCAGCUGAGGCCUCGACCACUUCACCCCACCAAGCCAACGGAAGAAGUAUUUUCCCGACACGAGACUGAGGAUGAUUUCGCUGAUUACUGCACUACUCUCCAUUGAUGCUGCAGCAGCUGUCAGUAUUCACAAUAUAGCAAGUCGAUUGAAUGAGAAACAAGUGCAAAAUCUUCGUCCCCAUUUACCUGACAACAAAGCUCAAAUGAAGUUGCAUCCUCAUCCUUUUCCUUUUCAUGAGAAAUACAACUCAGCGAAACCUUAUGCCUAUGCUGUUCCUCCACCUGAGAGCAACAAAGCAAUGGCAUCUUAUUCCUAUCCCAUGUCUCCUAAGAACAACCCAGAGUCAACUUACCACCGCUCUUACCCUUUUUAUUCUCAGAACAAGCCAACUUAUACUGGAGAUUUUGCUCAUCCUUUUCUUGUACCAUCUCCUCAAAACCAUCCAAUGAUCAGCAAUCUAUUCCCACCAGAAACCAGUCCUCGUCCUAUUCCUUUCCCUUUCUCUUUCCCUUUCUCUUUAGCUGCUUUCAAUCCCAACAACCACAAAAAAGUAUCUUAUCCUUUUCCUGAAGUGGAACUAUACCCCUCUUCAGAACAUGAGUCGGAAGUAGAAUUCUCUCAUUCUUCAGAUAAUGUGACAGAAAUGGAAGCUUAUCCUUCUCUAGAGGAUGAGGUAGAGAAAGAACUUGAUUCUUCUGCAGAGGAUGAAAUAGAAAAAGAAAAUUCUUCGGAGAACGAGACACAAAAGAAAUCUUCACCUGAUGAAGUAAAUGCCCGAACCUCUCAAACACCUUGUUUAGUUGGGUGGAUUUAUAACCGUGACUUAUCUACCUGUUACAGCUACUACCAAACUAAAAUGAACUGGAUUCAAGCUGAGAUAUCUUGCCAAAUGUAUGCACCAGGUGGACACCUUGCCUCCAUACACUGGGAAGAACACAACCAGUUCAUUCAGGAUUUGAUAAAACGCAACAACCCAGCACAGACCAGCACUUGGAUUGGUCUAAACGAUUGCCACAAGGAGGGUGUUUACCUUUGGACUGAUGGAUCUGCAACUGAUUUCACAAAGUGGAAUCAUGACCAACCUGAGGAUAAAGAAGAGAUGGACACCUGUGUGAACAUUAACUCUGAAGGCAUUGGAGGCACAUGGGAUAACAGGGUCUGUUCGGAUGAACUUCCAUUUGUUUGUGCUUACAAACUCCUUUGAAGUCAAAAUACUCAGUGCUUUAAGAAUCCUAUUGAUUUGCUUCAUAAUGCUCAUAUUACAGUUUGUAGUAAUUAUAAUUAUUUUCCUAGCAGUAAUUAAUAAAGACAACUGCAAAAAUAAUUUGUAUUGUUUUAGUUAAUUUUCAGACAGUGAUAACCUAUUUUCCUUAAGUACUGAAUCAGUAACAAAUGCUAGGUGUAUUUUGAGAUUUUUCUGACAUUCUUACUACAAGUAAUUUGUAAAAGAACUUGCUUUUGAUGUGCACAAUUUUAAAGGAAAGCAGAAUAGGUGAUUAAAACAUCUUUGGUGUCAUUUUCCCCAUUAACUGUAAAUAGUUCAGUACCUUGGCCCAGUUGUUGCAUAGAUUGAACUCUAUGUUGGGGAAGCUCCAAUCUUUUUGGACUAUGAACAGGAAAAGGCAGCUGUUGGGACAUUUUAAACAAUGUUAUGAAACUUUAGAAAUGGAAUUUAUUUUUAGAAGAAAAUUUUUGAAAAAGCUUUUGGGUAAGAGUGGAGGAGUGAAUGAAUUGGUUAAUCUUACAGGCUUGUCACAAUUGGCUGAAAGGCCUUCCUUCUUCCAUAGAGGACUCAAUGACUGAGCAGCAAUGCCCAGAGAAUAUUGCUGCAAUGGAGUAAUCAUAAAUUAUUUUGGUUAAGUAAGGUGAUGUGGGGAAACACUGUAUUCAUUAUUUUGUAUUAUUAUGCAGAAGAUGGAUUGUAUAGGUUGAACUAAAUCUGAUUGUAACAGUUGCCAAUGUAUGCUCACUUACUGUGAAAUAAAAGAACAAAUUCAUUGUUGGUC